AGCAGCCCUUCUGCUAUUAGCUGCCUCACACAGAGGCAGCUUCUGAUGAUCUCUGCAGGUCUCCCUCCCGCCUUCUUUCUCCAGAGGAAAUUCUUCGCCCUCGUUAUCCUCAUCCGGGCUAAUUCUAUCUCCUGUGCAAGGUACUGGAUGUAGAUUCAGAGGAAGCCACUCCUGUUCCACCUGGAGGGUUCCAAAGCAGUCAGAGGCCAUGGCUGCCGAAGAUAACAGCAUUGCAAACCUUCUCCAAGAAGUGCAGAGGAGAGAAGAAAAUGCCUCUUGUGCAGAUUGUGGCGGACCAGAUGCUGACUGGGCCUCCCAGAGCUUGGGUGUCUUCCUCUGCUUAGUCUGCGCGGAGAUUCAUCGCAGCAUCCCCAGCAUCAGCAAAGUUAAGUCAAUAAAAAAGGACGACUGGGAAGAGCACCAAGUUCAGUUUUUGGCACAGCAUGGGAACAUGGUGGCCCAAGUGACAUAUGAAGCUAAUGUCCCUACGUAUUAUUACGUCCCAGUCCAAACAGACUGCCUAGUCCUGAGAGAACAGUGGAUACGAGCCAAAUAUGAAAGGAAGGAAUUCAUGCAACCAGGAAAACAGUCACCAUAUUCCAAUGGAUUGAAGGAAGGGAUCUUAUGGAAACGAGGCCGAAACAGUGAGCAGUAUCUGCCACGCAGGUUUCUUCUCUCUGAGAGAGAGUGUUGCCUCAAAUACUUCAUUAAACCAGAUGCAAAAGAACCCAAAAUAGCUGUUAAAAUUGACAGUGUCAAUGCCAUGUUCCAGCCAGAGAAGAUUGGGAAUCCCCAUGGCCUGCAAAUCACCUAUCUUAAAGAUAACAAGACCCGCAACAUCUUUCUUUACCAUGAGGAUGGCAAGGAAAUAGUGGACUGGUUCAAUGCAAUUCGUGCGGUACAGCUCCACUAUCUAAAGGUGGCCUUUCCUGUAGCCAGUGAUCAAGAGUUGGCGAGCCGGUUGACCCGAAAUUUCCUGAAAGAAGGCUAUAUGGAGAAGACUGGGCCCAAGCAGAAGGAGCCUUUCAAGAAACGCUGGUUCAGCCUCGACCAUCGCAGACUGAUGUACUUCAAGGAUCCAUUGGAUGCUUUUGCUAAAGGCGAAGUGUUUGUGGGCAGUGGGGAACAUGGGUACAGUGUCACAGAAGGGCUGCCAACCAGCACGCAGGGUUGCUUCACCUGGCAGCAUGGCAUCACCAUUGUCACCCCUGACCGAGAUUACCUUUUCACCUGUGAGACGGAGAAGGAUCAGCAAGAGUGGCUGGCAGCCUUUCGGCAUGUUCUACAGCAGCCCAUGACCCCCCAGGAGUAUGCAAUUGAAGCUUAUUUCAAACUCAAGCCCUGAUGUCCCUGCAGAGCAAACCUAGUUGCCCUCUUUGGGAAACCCAGGGGAAAAGGAGGCACCUUCUGCCAAAGACGUUGCUUUGCUAUAUUCCAGUCCCUCAUGACUGGGAAGAAGCUUCUUUAAAUCUAUGAGAGCAAAUCUUUUCCAUGGAGCCUGCGCAUCCUCCAAGUAGCCCUCUUCAUCCCGAGCAUAUGUUAAGAUGACUCCUAGCUGGCCAUUUGGAAAGUGCCGGAUCCAGCUGGACAUGGAACCAAGCAGCAAGGAAAUCAGAUGGAAAGACUAAGGGCUCUGGAGUUGGUCUCUAUCACCUGUUGCAAGUCCUUGUGCUGCCCCAUCACAGCCCUGGCAGGCUUGUUUUGGUUAGUCGCAGCAUGCGCAGUGCCCUCCUCCGGCCAGCACUGCUUGCUGUGGGUGGCGAAAGCCUUCGGCAGGCAGAUGCACACAUC